UACAGACCAGAGUCUUGCAGAAGGAUGCUGCGUGUCAAGUGGGCAAGUAUCGGUUAACUUAUAGAAAAAAAGCACGGGGGGGAAUAUGUUGAUCUAAAGAGACUCGAGGAGAGGAAGCUGGAUUUCCUGAGCGCACACAGCUGCAUUAACGGGAUUACUAUUUGGCAGCAGGAGGAGAUAUUAAAAAAUAUGUAGGAGCCGUGCGUAAAAAUCCACAAGAUUCCUCCGAGGGGGUUGAACGUCAGUGGGAGGACUGUGCCAAAAGCGCGACUUGAGCAGCAGCUUAUUCAUGCAAAUUCAUAAAGUCAUAGGCGUGCCUUUUGGGCGAUGGAGUCACAGUCGGAAAAGCAAACACCCUCCUGGAUCAUCAGCGACCUUCAAAGACUGUGAUGCGCAGCGCUCGGACGCAUUGACAGCAGCACCGAGGCAAAUGUUUUAAAGGCGUAAAAGAGACAGAAGAGAAAGUUAGGGCUCGCUCUUCCGCACGCUUUUGUUAGCGGGCUCAGAUUCUCCCUUAGCUCAGUCACCAGCUCGACUGCUGCGCCACUUCUCCGCUUGGAUCUCCAACCAGAGUGCGCAAACUGUAACGCACAGCCACCAGCCCCGCUGCUCUUUAAUAUAUAUAUAUAUAUAUUAUUAUUAUUAUUAUUUCUGUUUACAGUCACUUUGGACUAUUUCAAAUACUGGCACUCCUCAUGCGGAAGACCCUACUGUUUUGAGAAAACGAUUGAAUUUUGUUUUAUUGAAAUUCCGGAGGACUUCAACACCAUGUCAGAGGACGAUAGCAGCUCCACUACCAGCUGUGUGUCCGACACAGACAGCAGCAACGUCAGCGUCCUCAGCUGGGAGCAAGUGCAGCGACUGGAUGCCAUCCUGACGGAGACCAUCCCGAUACACGGCCGGGGAAACUUCCCCACUCUGGAGAUGCAGCCGCGGCAGAUAGUUAAAGUGGUGCGCAGUCGGAUGGAGGAAAAACAGAUCCAUGUCCGGGACGUUCGAUUAAACGGCUCUGCGGCCAGCCACAUUCUGCACGAGGACAGCGGACUGGGCUAUAAAGACCUUGACCUCAUAUUUUGCGCAAAUAUGAAAGGAGAGAGUGAUUUUCAGACUGUGAAGGACAUAGUUUUGGACUGUCUCCUGGAUUUUUUACCCGACUGUGUGAAUAAGGAGAAAAUAACCCCUUUAACGUUAAAGGAAGCCUAUGUGCAAAAGAUGGUGAAGGUGUGCAAUGACUCAGACCGCUGGAGUCUCAUCUCCCUCUCCAAUAACCGGGGGAAGAAUGUGGAGCUGAAGUUUGUGGACUCUCUCCGGCGGCAGUUUGAGUUCAGCGUGGACUCAUUUCAGAUCAAGCUUGACUCUCUGCUGCUGUUCUAUGAUUGCUCAGAGAACCCCAUGGCUGAGACCUUCCACCCCACCAUCAUGGGCGAGAGCGUGUAUGGUGACUUCAGUGAGGCUCUGGACCACCUACGUCACAAGAUAAUCUGCACGCGGAACCCGGAGGAGAUCCGUGGAGGGGGUCUCCUGAAGUACUGUCACCUGCUGGUGAGGGGGUUCCGGGCUGCGUCAGAGUCAGAGAUGAAGUCCCUGCAGCGCUACAUGUGCUCGCGCUUCUUCAUUGACUUCCCUGAUAUUGGCGAGCAGCAGCGCAAGCUGGAGUCCUACCUUCAAAACCACUUUGUGGGCCUGGAGGACCGCAAGUACGACUACCUGAUGACCCUCCACGGAGUGGUCAACGAGAGCACCGUGUGUCUGAUGGGACACGAGAGACGGCAGACCUUAGGGCUCAUAGCCAUGCUGGCUGUACGUGUCCUGGCUGAGCAGAAUGUCAUCCCCAAUGUGGCUAAUGUUACAUGUUACUACCAACCUGCUCCUUAUGUGGCAGAUGGCAACUUCAGUAACUACUACAUAGCGCAGGUGCAGCCAGUGUUUGCUUGCCAGCAGCCUGCCUACUCCACCUGGCUGCCGUGUAACUGAGUAUCCCUAAAUGAGAGAGGAAGGAGGGAUCCUGAUGUCUUUAAACAGGAGCGAGUGGCACAGUCGUACCCUUAACCCUGCACAGUGCUUGACAGCUGACUGAAAAAAAGGCAUCCUUUUGUUCUGUGUUUUGCAUCAAAGCUUCUGCUUUUGUUCAUACUUUGAGUAUGAAUGGUAAAUCCAGAACAGUUGGCAAAAUUCAGAUGUGAUUAUCUCACAUUUACCGAAACACCGACAGUCUCCUGAUCCUGCCCAGGCCAACCAGGUUCGGAAAAGACUCAUUUGGAUAGCUUGGAAGCAAUAUCUGAGUUUUAAGGCCUUGAAUGCCAGCUGCAGACGUAUCAUUGACACUGUGCAGAAGACUGAUUCAAUCUUUAAUUGAAACUCAUUAGCCAGCAUGUUGCAGCAGCAGCAGCAGCAGCAGCCCAAUCAGCUGCAUCAGAGUCUUUAAGCGAGACACUCACAUGCACUUUGAGGUGAAAUCAGAGGUGCACAGUGCUCCAAAGCGCGCCGUGCUUUACAUCAUCUGAACCGAGGUGAGAUCCUAUUAAACUAGAGUGGACAACAAACAUCACCUCACAUUUGGAUAUAAUUCUUGUUGUUUACAGACCAAAGAUUUUUUUUUCUAACUCGAAUACCCCACCCACUUUUAAGGGAGAAAUAGAAACAAAAUAUGAAGCUAUUGUAAUGUCUGUUUGUAUAUGUGAACAUUUAUGUGUUUAUAAAGUGCCUAUUGCCUCACAGCAGGCAGAGAAAAGAACGAGCAGGCCACAUGACCCCCUACGCUGUUUAUAGACAGUAGCACCCCCAGAGGCUUGUGAAUGUAUAUGUGAAAUCCUGCACAGUCAGUGUUUGUGUACACGCGUGUGUUCGGGUGAAAAAGGAGCACUGUUUGUGUGGAUUUUGCAGUAAAGUAGCAGCCAAACGUACGAACGAAAAGUUCCUGCAAGGUUCACGUUUCCUCUUGUGUAUAUUCAGUAAACGUCCCAGAUUACCAGCAUGUCAUGACAGAGCCCGAUUAAAUAUCAGUGACUUAUGGAGUCACAAACAAUGUUUCCUGUAUAUUUUGUGUAGUGGUGCUUCACUUUUUCUCAUCUGAGAAGAAAAACAAAAACAAGGAGGGGUGGGAGUGACAAUAAGUAGAUGAUCGAUGCAGGGAGAGCUCGAUCGUAGACUGUGUUCCUCAGUUUUGGAGGAGGCUUGCAGAGACACCUCAGAUGAUGAGAAACUGUUUGCUGUAGCACCCUGGCAGGGAAUUCCGCAGCUGCUGCUGAAGAGCUUGAACUUAGCUGGGAAUGCAGAUACUCUGUUCAGGAAAUGUAGUGCCAAACACUUAGGCGUCUCCUCCCUCCUGCCCCUUUGUUGAUAGCCCUAAAGUUUAAUGAGGCCAUUGUUUGAAGCAGAUGCUGAUAGAGAAAGAGAGGCAGAAGAGAGUGAGACGCUAGUAGGGAAAAAACCCAACUGAUGAUCUGGAGAGAUGGGUGCAGCUGGUGAUGGGGUUUAUCUAUCUGGGGCUACUGUGUUUUACUGUACAAACUGUCUUUGUUAAGGUCAGAUUACAGCUACAACUUGUCGGAGAGCUUGAAACCAAACCAUCCUGUUAUCAGCGCCUGCUUUAAUUAUCUGCUCAUUGAAACAAAGAAUGGAAAGCGAAGAAUCCCGCAUGCAUGCGUCCACCUCAGCAUCAGACGACUAAGUUGCACCUUAUGUUUCCGUUGUGAGGGUUGAUGGUUAUUAAUGUUUUUCUUUUUUGAUUUUUUAAGGCUUCAUUCCUCACCUGUUUUGAAGAAUUGUGUAUAAAUAUAUGAUUACAUGCUUGCUAACUAUACUGUAGCUUUUUUCUCCCCCAGCUGCAUUAAGACAAAAAAAUCUGAAAACAUCCGCGACUAGCAUCGUGUCAGUACUGCAACAAAAAAAGAAAUUCUCUCGAUGGAAAAGCAUUUCGCUCUCAUCCCCUAGUCUGGUGACCCAUAACUUCUUUGCUCAGUUGUUUCUUCUAAAUAGCUGUCCAUGCUGAUGGUAUCCUUUGGAUUGUGCAGGCAAUGUAUUGUAAUUUUAUACUCAGUGAAGUCCUAACAGUGGACUAGCUAGUGGCUCCAGUCUGCUUGUCAGCUAGUGAUCGUGCCUAUCAGUUAGAGAUUGUGGGUUGCUGCAGCGUCUUGUAUGUGUUGUCCAAAGCUCAGUUUCAUGCAGUCUUUUACAAAUCGCAAAAGAAAAGAAAAAAAUCUUUGUCAUGUAUGUAUAUUUUUUAUGAUUGUUAUUUUUAUAAAUGUAUCAGACACUGCAGGUGUUGCAGUGAUUUUCAAUCUGUGAUCGAGCUUCAGAGGAAAUGUUCUCAGUAGCUUUUUUUUUUGGUUUCUUUUUUUUUUGCUAUAUUAUGUUAUUUGUCCAAUGGGUCAAAAGGUUAAAGAUGUUUUCCUCAAUAAAAUAUCUGAAAACCA